AUGGAGAUGGCGUCUUCUGUCAUGUCCGCACCACCACCACCUACGAGCAAGACAUCGCAGCAGAAUCUCCACACUCCUCUUCCGUUGACAGCCUCUCAAGAAGCCGAAGUUCGAAAUUUAUAUUACAAGCGCGUCCGGUCUAAAUGCGCAGACGAGAUAAAAGAGUUCGCCGACUGUGCCCGCGGCCGAACUAUCAGUAUCGCCUGGUCCUGUCGGGCCCAACAUCUCGCGAUGAACAGCUGCAUGAUCCAGUAUGCCACGAAGGCCGAAGAGGACGCUGCCCGAGAAGAAUGGUUUGCGGGCGUGAUAGAGCGGCGGCAGAAAAGGGAAGAGCAACUUGCCGCUGUCGAGAAGAGACGGAUGGAAGUUAUUGAAAUGACGAAGAAGCAAGAAGAAAAGGAACGUCUGGAAAUGGAGAAGAAGUUGGUUGAGCAACAAAAGGAGAAACAGCAGAAAAAGAGCGGUGGGUUUUGGUGGCGGUGA